UUUUUUUCAUUUUAUUGAGAAUUUCGUUCUUUUUAUUUUAUUGUGAUUUUAAUUUACUUUUUGAUUGUGGUGGCCAAACCCAUUAUGAGUUGCGGAGGAGUUUGUGUUUACAAUUUUUAUUAGGAGUCCUUUGUUUUGUUUGCUGUUUUGAAUGCCAAAUGGGUUGCCAAGGAGUUUGUGUUUACAAUAUGCCACAAAUAUAAAUCCUUUCAUAUAGGUUUAAGCUUCUAGUGUGAAGUUCAUUCGGUUAAUUCAGCCUUUGUAACUUUUAAAAUUUUGGCCCUAUCAUUUAGAGAGGCUUACCCUUGUCACAAUUUGAUAUGGAGUUGUAUUCUCUCGAGCAAGAUUAAAGUUUUUGUUGGAUUUUUACUGAAGGGUGUCUUCAAACAAAGUAUCAAUUACGACAAAUGGGGAUGGGAGGGUGAUAUUCUAGUGUGUUUGUGAAGAUAAGUUUAGAUCAUUAUGGAAGAUCCUAUUUCUCGCUUGUUGUAUUGGAUACUAUGAACACAAAUGAAUAAAAAGCUUGAGUUUGAGCUAGGUUGAGCUUAUAGCUGUAUUCAAACAUAUGGGCAUCAAUUCUGGGACCUUAUGAAUCUGACAUCUGCAUUCUUAAACCUAUGCUUAGUUGUCAAUUUUUUUUUGCUUGUAUCAUUUCAGUUCAGUAGUCCAUCAAGCAUAUUCCUAGAUUACUUUUGAUAGAGCACCAGCAAACAAUUUUACUUCAUAAUUACUGAAUGUUUUUCUUGAGCCAAGUUCAUUGGAUCAGCUGCUUGUAUGGUUAGUAAUUAAAGCAAUCUUUUGAUUGUUGUCUACUAGAGGUUACACUAAGAACUAAAUUAAGUUCAUUAAAAAUCCUGCAGAAUACUGCAAACUAUCACCAAAUCAAUAUCAAGAGACUAUAAUUGACCUACAUUUCUGAAUCACUAUUUCUAUGCAUGAACUUUGUAGAAAUAGAAUUAAACAGUGCAUAUGUUUAUCCUUAGAAUAUUAAAAACUCAACUUAUUACAUUCAAUAGUAUGCACUAUUCUCUACCUUUUUCUUUAUAAACAAACUGUUCUCUACCUUUGAAUAUAGGGUUAAUUAUUAGUGAAACUCCAGAUGAUAAUGUCUUUCGUUUAGUUUAACUGGAAAAGGACUAUAUUCCCCUCUAAAUAGAGGGAAAAAAGUUCGCCAUAUAUUUCCCUCUAAAUAGAGGGCAAAAAGGCCACCAUUUGGGACUUUAAGCGCUGAUAAAAUAGAUCGGGGCAUAGGUGGUCAUACCAUAGUACAUUGGGUUUAUCUUAACCCUUCAAAGUAUGCAUUACCUUCAAGUGAUUGCUCUCUAACAUCAUCCAAAGUAUGUUUCUAGGUAUUCCGUCAUCUAGUGGAGACCGUUUGUUGUCGCUUGCUCUAGUAUAUUUUUAAGUAUACAUCAAAGUUACAUAUUUUUUGAUUAAACUUGAUAGUUUUGGAUAUGGUUGUCUUUUAAUCUGUAUUGUCACUCAUUUUAAUGUGAUAGGUUAAAAAUGAUAAAUGAUGGAAGGGAUUCAAGGAUCCAACAUAAACGUAUAAGGGAAAAUUUUGAGAGGAGAGAGGAGGAGAAAAUUAUUGUGGUAGUGGUCAGUUUUAUAUUUACUGUCAUUGGUACUUGGUACUAUACAAAGUACAUGUUAAAGGAGAGUUCAAGAACACAUGAAGAAGAUGAUGAAAGGACAUACCUUAUAAAGUCAUCGAUUUGAAUUCUUAUUUGUAUUGUAAAUAACCGUGUUGAACAACUAAGAAUGAAUCCUCAAGCUUUUAAGAGGUUAUGUGAUGUUCUAUGUACUAGAGGGGGAUUAGUAGCAUCAAGAAAUGUCACGAUUGAAGAAAUUGUCACUAUGUUUUUGCAUAUUUUAGCUCAUAAUGUAAAAAAUAGGACAAGCAAAACAGAUUUUUAUCGUUCGAAUGAAACAAUUAGUCGGCAGUUCCACAAAGUACUUCAAGCAGUCAUGAAGAUAGGAAGCCUUUAUAUUAGACAAGAAUAUACAAAUCCUAAUGAGAGAGACAUGGAGAAGUGGAAAUGGUUUGAGGAUGCUAUCGGGGCACUUGAUGGGACUCAUAUCCAAUUAACUAUUCCUUUGGAAGAUCAAAGUAGAUAUCGAAAUAGAAAUAGAGAGACCAGUACAAAUAUACUUGGUGUUUGUGAUGCCAAUUUGAGAUUUUCAUAUGUGCUACCUGGUUGGGAGGGUUCAACUUCAGAUUCUCUUGUUUUGCGUGAUGGUUUGCCUCAGCCCAAUGGCUUGAAACUUCUCUCAACUAAAUACUUUCUUGUGGAUGCUGGGUAUACAAAUGGGUCGGGGUUUUUGGCACCUUGUAGAGUGACUCGCUAUCAUAUAAAGUAUUGGAGAGAAAAUGGUCCAAGAAACUACAAUGAGUUAUUUAACCAACGUCAUUCCUCUGCUAGAAACACAAUUGAGAGGGCAUUCGAUUGCUAAAAAAGUGAUGGGCUAUAUUACGGACAGCUAGCUUUUACAGUGUUAAGACUCAAAUUAGGAUCAUUAAUACAUGUUGUAUUCUUCACAACUUUUUACGUGAAGAGAUGAAUGAAGACGACUUGUUGAAUGAUGUGGAUUGAGAAUUAGAAGAUGCUUCUGUUUUAGAAAUUGAGAAUGUAGAUGAGAAGUGUAUCACCACUGUGAGAGUUACAGAUGAAUGGAGCAACUUUAGAGAUGAUUUAGCUAUGCAAAUAUGGGAUGAAUACCGACUUUGAGAUACUUUAGCUACAAGAUGGAAAUGAGGGUGACGAGCAUGAAGAUGCUGAUGAUUGGUUGUGUUCUACUUGAAGUUUGUUAAUUUUCUGAUAGUUAAUUUAUUUUUUACUGUUGAGUUUGUGAUUAUUUUUUUAAGGGAUAAUUAUGUCUGGAUGUUUAACUUCUUGUGUGAAACAAAUUUGGGGAAAUUUUGGAUUGAUCAGAUAAAAGAUGAUUCCUGGAACUAAAGAUUUGUACUAUUUUGAGUAUGAACUUGUGAGAUUGAUUUUUUGAAGUGAAAUAUAUUAUGCUGCUAUUAUGUUUUGAGAUUGAUCAAUAUCGGACUGAUUCACUAUUUUAUUAUCUUGUUCAUUAGUUUUCACUUAGCUUCAAGAAAUCUUCUUGUGUGAAUGCUUAAGGAAAUCUCCUUUCAAUAGUAUGUAGAUAAUUUGUCACUUGUGGUUGAUUUCAUAACUGAACGUUAUCUUUGAUCUGACUUCUAUUGCCUCUCUCCUUUAGUUAAUUGAGCUCUUCUUAGUCAUAUUUAGAUAACUGGUUAGUCAUUUAAUUGUUGUCUUAUUCUUUUUUCUUGGGUAGUUUAUAAUUUUCGUGCAUGAUAAAAUGAUCGGCUAAAAUACCAAAUUGGUAUAUUUAUACAAACGCA